CACGAGAUGUGAGGCCCCCCGAGUUCUCCAGCAGACAUGCAAACAAAACCAAAGAUAGCCUUGAAUAAAGUCCAGAAAACUGGACGUCAAUAGUACUGGCAGCCUGCCGCUGUUUCUCCAGUGUAGCUUCUGGUGCUCUUCCGUCCUCAUUUCAGCCUGCAGACAUGGACCUGCUUCACAGCUGGGGCGUAAACGUCGCCGUCCAUCUUCAGACGGAGCACGGAAACUUUGAGAAGCUCUUUCAUUGGGUCUCCUCGGUGGCGGAUCUCCACACCACCUUCUUUGUGUUUUUUCCCAUUUGGUUUCAUCUGCGGAGAGAUGUGGGUGUGAAACUCAUCUGGGUGGCUGUGGUGGGAGACUGGCUGAACCUCGUUCUGAAAUGGGUGUUAUUUGGCGAGCGUCCGUACUGGUGGGUCCAUGAGACCAGAUUUUACGGUCCCAUCAAACAUCCAGAACUACAGCAGUUCCCCAUCACAUGUGAAACUGGACCAGGUAGCCCAUCGGGUCAUGCCAUGGGCUCGGCAGGAGUUGGGUAUGUGAUGGUCACUGCACUAAUUUCCAUUGGUGCAGAAAGAAAACUACCAGCUCUGCGCUACAGGUUUUUACAGUUGAUGCUCUGGAUGCUGCUGGGCUUUGUGGAACUGCUGGUUUGCAUGUCUAGAGUUUAUCUGGCAGCCCAUUUUCCACACCAAGUCAUCAGCGGAGUUAUGUUAGGUUUAACUGUGGCAGAAAUCUUCUCCAGACAGCAGUGGAUCUACAGCGCCGGUCUGAAGAAAUACAUCAGCAUGACUCUGUUCCUCCUCUCUUUCGCCAUGGGCUUCUACGUGCUGCUAAAGGUUCUGGGUGUGGAUCUGCUCUGGACGCUGGAGAAAGCUCAGAAGUGGUGCGUCAAUCCAGAAUGGGUCCUUAUGGACUCCACCCCUUUCGCCAGCCUCCUGCGGAACAUGGGCACGCUGUUUGGUCUGGGGCUCGGUCUUCACUUGUCAUGCCGAAGGGUAAACAACAGCGCCUCCUUCAGGUUGGGAUGUAUUUGUGUAUCAUUGGUACUGCUGCAGGUACUGGACUCCUUGACAUUUUCCUCGACCAACCAAUUCCUUUUCUACCUUCUGUCAUUCUGCAAGAGCGCCGCUGCCCCGGUGCUGCCCACCGCUCUCGUUCCUGCCGUAUUCUCCUGGAUUUUUCAAAGGAGUGAAGAGAAAAAGGACAUGUGACGAGGUGUUUAUCUUGGUGCAUCGGAUGCUGCUGAAUGGUGCGGUUUUGCAUCGCCAACGUAAAAGUGAUUCAGUGCUUCAGUGGCACGACUGUUGGACAAUACCUCAGAUGGGUGACUGUAAAACAAAUCAUACAAAUCAUUGCAACUGUUGUUCAAACUAAGCUGUGAUUUACUUUGGGAACCAGAGCUGAGCCAACACAUUGCCAGAACUGUUUGUUUUCCUACCUAAAAGCUGUGUAGAAUCAAACCAGGCUGACAAGAAAACGUUCUAACAACGUUUUUCCAACAUUGCUGUCAAGUCAAGAAAACAUUAUGUCUGCAUGUUUGAAGCAUUCAACUAUCAAUUUAUCAUUUUUAGUAAUACAUGUUAUGUUGUUUGAAAGCUCUUAUUACCUCCAUUUUUGAGAACUUUGAGAGAACGUUUAGAGAACGUUCUGUGUCAGCUGGGGAAUAGCUUUAUCUUGAAUCUUUUAGAGCAGAGCUGUGACCCAUGCAGGUGUUAAGACCCUGGACUGUAUUUUACACUUCUAAAACCAUAUUCCCAAACUAUUUUGUAUUGGGUUUAUGAAAUUCUUUCUCUCAUUCAUGUCAGUGGUUCAUUUCUUUGGCUUAAAGAACCAUCACAGCCUUCUUCAAAUUAAAUGAAUGUUGGCCAAUGUCAUCAAUCAGACACUUAUAUCCAAAGCGACUUACAAAUGAGGAUCCAUCACUGUUGGUGAGCAAUACUCCUAUUCUGACCCCUCCCUGCAUGUCGUGUUAUCUGUGAAUGGUUUUGAAGAAGGCUGGUCCAUUCACUAAAUAGCUUUCAUUCAUCUGGUGCGUUCAAAGGUCUCUCAGUCAUGCUUUGAACAUUAGACACAUUAAAUGCUUGUUUUGUACAUAGAUCUGCUGACUUCUGCUGUUGACAUCAUUCAUCUUUAAGAGAGUGAAAGAACCUUUAACCUGAAAUAAUUCCCCUGCUACUGUAAAGGAAAACACCUGCAUCUGCUCAUGCUCAGGCAUUUUUUUCCUCAAAGAAUUCUUAAAAGGUACAAACACUAAUUUGAAUUUGAUCACUUUUUUUUGUCACAGCCCUUAUUCUUUAGCCCUUAUUCUUUAGCUAAUGAUCAAUGCAACAUGAAUUUGAACAUUCAGAGACCAGAAAGUAUCUGAAGAUAACACACAGUAGACUUUAUAAACUUACUGUUUUUAGAUUGUUGAGCUAAAUGUUACAUCACUGAUACUUUUAUAAAAUACGGUCUUAUCACAGAAAUUUGCCAAAGUUUUCCUUUUUUUAUUUCGUAGGAAUGUGCAUGCAGUAAAUCAACCUAACAUGUGUCAGCGAUACUUAUAUUGUACUGUAACAACGUCUGUAGUUAUCUGCAGUUUUGUUCAUGUUCGUGUGCAGUGGGUUGUAGUGAUAAUGAAAAUGAAUUUAUUAUUAUGCAUUGCAAUAAAAAAGGGUUAAAAAAGCCAAA